AUGGCUUCACAUACAAGUCGACGAUGUCCGCUUGUUUGCGUCACAGUGGUUGCCAUGACUGCCCUUUGGACAAGCCCGGCAUUUUGUUCCGACCAAAGCGCGUCAGCAUCCACUUACCGGAGACUAAGCCCCCUUUGGGGCUUUCAGCCUUCGAGGCUUACAAGAAGACCUGGGACAUCAGAUUCGUCGAGGUUGGUUCAAGUCAGCCGGGCAUCUGGCGAGGACAAGGGCUUCGCAGAUCUGCAACGUAUCCUGCGAGUGCAGGCAGUCGGCUCAGGCAGAGGGAGCUUCAUCUUGGAGAUGGGAGGCAUCAGGAUUCUAGUGAAUCCAAAUUUGGAGGGCUCCUCGCUGCAGCCGGAGAACGUACAUGAGGAGUUCGACUAUGUCUUCCUCUCCUCCGAAGAACCGGAGUUCUUCCAUCGGCCAACAGUCAACAAGAUGAAGCUCACAAAAGUCAAGUUCGUAACGUCGCAGAAGGCAGGGCAAGAGCUGGCCAAGAUGAUGGUACGCAACCUGGCAGUUCUCCAGAAUGGCCCGGGUGGACAGUGCUACUUGCAGGGCAAGGAUAAGGCUGCGGCGGCAGUUGGCGUUCUUUCUGCGCCCGGUUCCGGCAGCUUCCCUUGGGAAAAGCAGGAGCAAGGCUUCAUCUUCGUGAACUUAGAAACGGGCGCGGCAGUGGCCUACGAGGCGUUCGGGCAGUUUCUCAGCAGGGGCGCAUCCUCCAACAAGCCCGACAUUCCAGAGGAGGCCUAUCAGGUAGACUUUCUCAUCACACCCAGCUUGGCAGAGGGUGCCGGCGUCGCAGCGGGGCUCACAGAGAAGGGCGCCAAGCUGCAAGCAGUCUUGCGCCUGCCAGGGGAGGGGCCCAUCCAGGAGGAGGAGUCCCCAAUGGCUGCCUUGGACAAAGCCUUUGGGGGCAUUGAUGACGAUCCUGAUCAGUUUCUUAACUUUCUAAAGGAUCGUGGCCCUCCGCUCUCCGACACCCAGCUCCUAAUGGCUGAGGCCAACGGACCACCUGUUGACCUGCUGUGCGCCCGUAUGCUGAUGCUGCAGCUGCCAGUCUUGAACUUACAGGUUGAUUCACGAAUGCUGCCCCUGCACCUCAGCAAGGAGCUUGCAGCAGUGGCAACACAAUUGCCGGACAUCCGCUGGCUCGGACGACAGAUUCUGAUGUGGUGCGGCAAGCCGCAGGAGGACUUGUGGAACGAUUUCGCCGUCCUCCACCAAAGUCAAACAACAGAUUUGGAGAUCACUGGUCACCGCGGCUACUUCGGGGAGAAAGCUCUCCGGUUCGGCGGCGUGGACAUUAUUCUGCGCACACUCGCACUCUUCCAAGCAGAUGAGCGGGUGGGCAAUCAUGGGAUUCUGGACAUCUUCUCCGAGCCCUUGCACGGAAGGUUUCGAUCAAUUCUGCACUUUGCUCCGAGAACCGAGUUCUUUCUUCGGCCUGACAACUUCCGAAGAUACAUCUUGCCUCGGCUGGACAGAGACAGGACGCUCACGCCACAGCAGAUCGCCAACACCAUGCUGGUCAUGGUUGCACCUCCCCAGACACCACUCAAACUUGAAGCUUUCAGAUUGGUCACGGAGCGAUUCGGGGCGUUCCUUGCAGCAUCACUGAGUGACAUGGCCAUUUGCCUCUGCUGCACAUCCACUGGCUGGGAGGAGGUCUUCUGCAAUGCCGACAUCCGCGGUGCUGCUCGCGUCUUGUGGCACCUUUGCGAGGACGUCGAGGCACCAGCGUUUCCUGCAGCCGCCCGCGGCUCUCGCAGCUACGCUGAGAUGCUGCUGGAGGCACAGCACCUCCACCUCGUACGCAAUUUGGACGAUUUCGAGCUUGAGCUGGAAGGAGAGGACGCACAGGAUCCGCUCCUUGUCGAAGACUAUUCUUUCACACUGCUGGUGCAGCGUUGUGUCGCGCGGCGCGCCUUUGAGAAUGCAGGCUUGCAGCUCCUUUGCGAGGCCGUUGGUCUGAGUUUCACAGGCCUGCCCGAAGGAGCGGAGGAGGAAAGUUUAAAGCAAGCAACUGAAGAAGAGCAGCGGGCAAUCACCGCUCUCGGCCUCACCUGCACGCACCUAGCCGAGGACGCCCGUGCGUCAAAGAGAAGCAGGGAGAGCUGA